AUGCAGACAGCUCACGCAAAAGUCGAUACCUCUCCGUUCUCAGAUAUUAUCGGUGCACUGCGAAACAUCCUUGCACGUGCACAAGUGAUAAUUCCGAACCUUGAAACCCCAUCCCACAUAUUCCCCAAUACCGACCACUCUACCGUCGAGCUCGAGGGUCAGAGCGUUCUCGGUGUCAUCGCCGAGCGCCAGCAGCAGUUAGAUGCAGUUUUGCGCGAGAUCUCAGGCCUGGAAGCCGUGAUGACUGAUGUUAAACAUCUUCAUCAGCAACUCGUCGAAAAGAAGGACAAGAUCACCCAGUCAAUGAAUUUGCACAGGGGACUCGUAUCAGCUCUCUGGCGCUUUCCAAAUGAAGUUCUUUCCCAAAUUUUUCACCACUGUCUCCCAGAUACUGGUUCGAAAUCUAGCUACUUGUUGCGCCCGUCAAGGCUGAAAGCUCCCAUGUUGUUGAUCGGAAUAUGCCGAAGAUGGAGGGACGUUGCCACGAGCACACCCAGUCUGUGGUGCAUGUUGCGAAUCGACGUCGACGUCACAGAUUGGGAACGGGCAGCUUCCUGUUACGACUCAUGGCUCAAGUGGUCGCAGGGACUCCCGCUCUCGUUAGAAUUCUGUUGUUUCAAGGGCGGUCAAUCGACCACACUACGAACCCUUCUUCAUCCUUACAUGAAUAAGAUCUCAUCUCUCCGCAUCUCUUUUGGGCCCAGCGCUGACAAACAUGAACUUUUGUUAACGGACCUCUCCGCACUUGAGGAGCUGAUCAUAUCCUUCGAUGCUAGCACUACGCUAGCUUCUACGUCCGUGCCGCAGCUGCCGUCAUCGAUGCGCAGGUUCACGGCAAACGUGGUUGAUAGACUUCCUUCUUUAGGUUCCCUAUGGGCCCACGUAACGGAUGUCGAUAUUGCCCUUAUGUCCAGCCCGGUUUCAGGCCUCAAAGUGCUCCAGCUAUGUCCAAACCUAUCCUCGUUAACAAUGAAGGUCAUGAUCAUGAUCCAACAAUCACAAACCUAUGAGCAACUCACGCACCCCACAAUUCAAUCCUUACGAAUCAUUUAUACACCCUCUCGGAACCCUCUGAAUCGUAGUCACCCUUUAGCUGACCUAUUGGAUGCUCUAUCACUCCCGAAUUUGCGCACGCUUGAAGGUCACAUCAGUUACCCUCGUGUAAAAUGGCCUCAUCGGAAGUUGAAGGCAUUCUUGGCUCGGUCAGGAUGUCCCCUGGAGAGCCUGAUCUUCGGCAGUGAGGUGGAGAUGACAGACGAGCAGCGAGCAGGAUACACUACCCUUAUUCCUUCGCUCAAAAUGGGAAUAGUGGAAGAAUUUGAGAGUACUUUCUUCGGAUGAUGUUUCACCCUCCCAAGCACUUUCACCAUAUGUGUAGUAAAAAUCUAGG